AAGAGGGUUUCCUUGUUGGGAGUUAAAAGGGAACGAUGGCAAAAGUACUGACAUUUUCCCAUUCACCAUGUUAUUUUUCAUUCUAUCCUGAAGGGAAAGCUGGAAGAGUUAGAAAAUCUUCCACUCCCCUUUUCAUUUCAUUCAUGGAAUUUGGAUGGUUGAGGAUUAGUGAGAUGGGGAGUUUGUUCACUCCUCAAAAUAUGCACUUCCAUUUUCUCUCUCUGUCAAACGGCAUUCCUCCCGAAAAUCCUCUCUGGACUUACAACUGGUUGGAGAGAAUAACGUAUACUUUCUUGACCUGGGCGAGUCAUGUUUUGUUGUGAUUUGACUUACACCGUUGCGUGUCUUCUACAACGCUCGGAGAUGGUAGUGCCACAGCCUGAUCCUUUUUCAAGCUAAUCGGAAAUAAUGCUUCUCGCUAUUCAGAUUUGCUUGUAGAUCAGGCUGUGCAGUGUUUAUGAGAUGCGAAUACUUGUGUGGCAAUAUCUACGAAAAUGCACGACUACAUGGCCUAGGAGCAAAGCAAGAGAUGCUUCGUAUGUAGGUUGUGGUUUGGCAGAAUGAUGCUUCUCGCGGGUUCAAGUCACGACCCCACAAGAAAGAAGCUUGGAAUUUGCCCUGAGGACAGCUUUGUCCACUGAGAACAAGAAACCAACUUCCUCUUUCUUUGGCUGCAAGAAUCAGAUCCCAACAUGAAGGGAAGAAAAAGGAAUUUCCCAAAAGCGGAACUUUGGAACCAUUCUUGCUUGACCCUUCAUAUCCUCCAUCUCCCAAGUCCUCUUCCAUAAGCUCUUUUAACUCCUUAAUCAGACUUCAUUAUCGACUUGCAAAUCAUGUGUAGGAUGAACCACGGCAGGUCCAUGCCCCUAAAGGUUUGCUGCAUGACUAUGAGGAUGAGCAUAGAUUGUAAUGCUUGUUGCAGGAAACUUAGGAGAAUCAUCUUGAACAUGAAAGAAAUCGAGACGCACUUGAUCGAGAAACCGCACAGCCGAGUUUCCGUGUGUGGGAGGCUCAGGCCGUCCGAUGUGGCUAUCAAGCUGAGGAAGAAGAUGAACCGACGAGUCGAAAUAUUGGAGAUUGAAGAGCUCGAUAGCGGCGACGAACACGUCGAGCAAAAUCCUCCGGUGACCCAACAUAACGAGCUAAGGACACCGAUGAAUGGGCAUCAAGUGCACCCAUCGAACGUCCAUACCCAAUAAACACCCGAUUAAAUAAUCAAAAGGAUGAUAGCUUUGGCAGCUGAAUGGGCUUCAAGAAGUUGAUCGAUAUGAUCGCGUAAACUGUUAAAAUUGCUACAUCGCCAUUUGUCAAUCGGAGGCACAGGGCUUCAAAAGGGACGUUGUAGAAAUGAAUUUCAAGGUUUAUAAUAAGUAGAGAUGCGUAUAUAUAAAUUGGAGUAAUUUCGAUUAUGGCUUUCGAAUGGA